ACAGUAGAGUCUGUACCGGCACCAGGGAGCGGACCAGUUAUCUUGUCCAUAAUGAACUUCUUAGAGGGGUACUCUCUUAAAAAUGAUAACGAGACAUAUCACAGAAUACUGGAGGCAUUUAAGUUUGGUUAUGCUCAGAAAGAACUUCUAGGAGACCCAAAGUUCAACACAGCAAGCAUUGAUAAUGCUACGAAAGUGAUGAUAAGCAAAGAAGAAGCGACACGUCUGCGAAAUAAGACAAAAAAUAACGUCACGAUGGACGCUGAUUUCUACGGUAACCUUGUUGGAUUGCCUGCAGAUAAAGGGACUGCUCAUAUAUCUGUGAUAGAUACAGCCGAGCUUAUGGUCUCAGUUACUACAACAAUCAAUGACUGGUUUGGAAGUAUGGUGUUAACAGAUUCUGGUAUACUGCUUAACAAUGAAAUGGCUGACUUCAAUAAACCAGGGGAAGGAAGUGUGUUGAAUGAAAUACAUCCAGGAAAGCGACCACUGUCCAGUAUGUCCCCUACUGUAGUGUAUGAGACGGGACAUCUAUGUGGUCUACGUAUGGUGUGUGGGGCGGCUAAUGGCUCCAGAAUUAUUACAGGAAUUGCCCAAACAUUAUUGAACAAUUUGACCUUUGGAAUGACCUUGGAGAAAUCUGUGUCAUCACCAAGGAUACACAGUCAGCUGUACAAUCCUGAUGCUAAAGUUGUAGAAGUUGAAGAGGGUUUCUCUGCCAAGGUACUGGCUGGUCUGGCAAAGAUGGGACAUGAUAUACAGGUUACAGAUAAAGAACAGAGUGUUGUAAAUGCUGUAUUGAAGAUCAAAGAUGAGAUUGUAGCUGUCGCAGAUCCUAGAAAGAGUAGCUCCGGUUCAGCUUUGUUUAAAUGAUUUAGAUAUUUAUUUUUAUUUUUCAUUAAUAAUAAUAUUAUAGAUCUGUAGACGCACCUUUGUUGUAACAAUCUUGUCUUAUAUUUAGGAGCCAGGCCUGGCUUGAUGUUCAUUAAGAAAAGAUUGGGUAAGGAUUAAAUGAUCCUAUUUUUAUUUACAUUGUUUUAUAAAAACUAAAUUUGAUCGUAUUUUGCUAGAAGCAAAUGGUUCAUAAACAAAAUUCAAGAAAUUGAUGAUUUGCAAAGAAACAACUCUAUUUUGUGAUAAAAUUGACAAGUAACAAAACUAAAAGAAAUAUUCAGAUCAAAAAUCAAAAUAUAUUUAAGGAUCAAUUUUAAGAUCAGGAUCAAUAUUUUAAUCAACUGUAAAAUGCCCAUAUCUUGUUAAGUUACAAAAUAUUUCUUCUAAAAUUUCAGAAGCAUGCUAUUUUAAGUCCAAUUUUAUCAAGUUUACAUUAAAUAUUCAAUCUGUGAAGAUAAACAAUGGGGAAUAUUUGACAUUUUUAAUUUUGAUCCUGAUCUUGAUCCAGAUCCUUAAAUCUCUAGUGGAAUUUGAUUGUUAUCUUGAUGUUUAAAAUCUAUGUGAACAAGGGGCCUGCAGUUUAGAAAGUCAGGUCAGACUGUAGUAAGAACUGGCCUGUUUCUAAAUUCUUAAUUUCUAAAUUGAUUAUUUGCAAGUCAUUGUUGUAGCUUAGUGUUCAGAUACAUAUAUUUCGAGAUUAGUUAAUUGCUUUGUCAUAAUAAUUGAAGAUUUGUAGUAAAACUGUUGUAACUCCUUCUUUAUGUAAAACAAGUUACAACUGUGUUGCU